CCUCUCGAAGAUCCACCACUGGCUCUGCAAUGUAAUCCGCCCUACUAGCAUCCAGGAGUCAGGCGACUCAAAGCCCAUCGACGUCGAACCCCCUAGAACCGACACGGUAUCUCAACCGACCCAAUCUCCACUUCAACCGAUCAAGCCUGGGAACACUACGAGCCAGCCUGAUACCAAGCACCCUCCGCUUACUCAUGACCCUUAUCUCGACCUCCCCGUCGUAGGGGUUGGCAUGACCGGGGUUGUUCAUGAGAUAGGGGAAGGCCGCGUUGUCAAGAAAGCUAAGCAAUCGCAACUCCGAGACGCUGGAGAUGCAGAAUACAUGAACGAAGUCAACCAGAAGAUCCUAGAGAAUGAGCUCCUAGUCUUCGAACGCCUGGGUAGCCAUGAAGGGAUCAUCCCUUGUUUCCAAACAUCCCGGUACGGGAUUGAGCUAGCGCGAGCGCAAGACGACCUGGAAUGCUAUCUAGAAAAGCAUCCAGAGCGCGAGGAUACACUGAAGAUUGAGUGGAUUAUACGUUUGAUCAAGACUUUCGCCUACAUCCACUCUCGCAGAGUAUUUGUGGAUGAUAUUGCUCUUCGGAAUAUUUUAAUCAUAGACGAGCAGCUUAACGUUGCCGACUUUGGCCAGUCGAUCUUACUGCCUCUUGAUGCUGACCCUGCUUCUGCGAACGAAAAUGAUCUGAAUGCUCGGAUUGAGAUCCUCCACCUCGGUUGGAUUCUUUACUCGAUUGCUUCCUGGCAGGUACAUAAGUACUAUUUCUUCGGUGCUGAGAAUCCCGAUCUUUGUUGGCCUACUUCAUGGCCAAAUGUUGAGUAUGUUGUCUUUGGCCAGAUCAUUAAGAAGUGUUGGCAUGGUGAAUAUGCGAGCAUGGAUCAUGUAGAGCUCGAGGCGCGCCAAUUGUUCGCGGGUUACCAACCAGAGACUGUGAACUGGGAGGGAUCUUGAACUGAUGUGUGUAGUGCUUAAUAUUGAUAGCGGC